AUGUCAAGCUCUUCAGCAAAGGAUGCUGAUGUUCCCUACUUCAAAGGUGACAACUAUAACCUUUGGGCUCUGAUGAUGAAGACUAUGUUUAGAUCAAAGGAUCUAUGGAAACUAGUUGAAAAAGGCUUUAGUGAAGAAGGAGAUACAAUUAGAAUAAAUGAAAGUCUCAAGAAAGAUGCCAAGGCCAUGGAGUUUUAUGCAGUCAAUAUGAAGCAAAGAGAGUGUGUUCAAGAUUUCAUCACCAGGGUGUUAGACAUUGGCUAUCAAAUUCGAAUUAUGAAGGAGGCUCUUCCUCAAAAGACAGUUAUAUCUAAGAUCUUGAGAAGUCUUACUCCCAGAUUUUCUCUAAUUGUUCACUCAAUCAUUGAAGCCAAGGAUUUGAACACACUAACUGUUGAGCAACUCAGCAGUUCUCUAAAACACCAUGAAUCUAUUUUGAACAUUGAAGAUGGCCAUCAUGAAGAAGAGAGAGCCUUGCAUGUUGGGAGAAUUUCAACUCAAUUCGGUGAUCAUCCUCACCGAGGUGGAAGAGGCGAGAUGAAGCUCUUUGAGAGUCUUGAAGCAACUCCAACUCAGUCCAUCAGAUUGGGAGAUGGAAAAUCACUGCAAGUUGAGGGAGUUGGAUAUGAAGUUAAAUUCUCAGGAGGAGAAUGCAUCAUCACAGAAGCAAACACCAAGGUGAAGAGAUAUGGACAUAUGAACAUGAGAAGGCUGAAGCAUUUGUCUAAGAAUAAUAUGGUCUUGAAUCUUCCGAUCAUCACUGAUGAAUAUCCUUGUGAAGCAUGUGCUUUGGGGAAGCAAACUCUAGUUGGGUUUCCUAAGAAAGUGACAAGGCGAGCUACUACGCCUAUGGAACUUAUUCAUGCUGAUUUGGUUGGACCUAUGAAUACUCCAUCCAUCGGAGGUAAUACAUAUUUUCUCUUAUUGACUGAUGAUUACUCACGGUUUAGUUGGUUGAAAAGCAAUACUUUCUUCCGAUCAAGGUCCUUCACAGUGAUCGCGGAGGCGAAUUCACUUCCCAUGAAUUCAAGUCAUUCUGGUCAAGCUGCCGGUAUUCUUCAUCAGCCGACGGUAACUCGGACACCUGAACAAAACGGUGUUGCCGAACGUAAGAACAAAACCGUAACAGAGAUGGCACAAACACUGCUGAAAGAGAAAAGCAUGCUGUCGGAGUACUGGGCCGAAGCUGUUGCCACCGCUGUCCACAUACUCAACUGCUCUCUGACGAAGGUAGUGGAACAUCAGCCGCCGUUUGAGGUGUUAACUGGCUCUAAACCAAGUGUGGACCACUUCCGGGUGUUUGGAUGCUUGGUCUAUUGUUAUGUUGACUCACAAAUGAGAACUAAGUUUGAUGCCAAGUCAUUUCCUGCUAUUUUGAUUGGCUACAGUGAUCACUCAAAGGCCUAUAAGACUAUGCGCCGGCAUGUGAUAGUCACCUGCAUUCAAUUAAUGGAAAUUGGAUUGAACUUGUGCCGUCCACACAUUCUGAUGAACGAUUGGAUUCACAACAUGCUUUCCACCCUCCCUCCAGUGAACUCAUUCAGUAAACAGGAGAAGAAGAAGGAGAAGAACCUCCGGCGAGAUCCAGUUACAUAUAAUGAAGCAGUAAAGGAUGAGGAAUGA